GUGUAUAAAAAGCAAAGGCUCUGCUUUAAAAUUUUUAUCAUUCAUUCACUUUUUAUUUUGUCACCCAAAAAAAGAAAAAAAGAAAAACAGAACUUGUUAUUUUCUUCUUCCAUGGCUGCCACACAAGCGAGUCUCCUCCUUCAAAAGCAACUUAGGGAUCUCUACAAAACACCUGUGGAUGGAUUCUCGGCUGGUUUGGUUGACGAAAGCAAUGUCUUUGAAUGGAGUGUUACGAUUAUGGGCCCCGCAGAUACUCCCUAUGAGGGUGGUUUCUUUAAUGCCAUCAUGAGUUUUCCCUCCAAUUACCCAAACAGCCCACCAACAGUGAGAUUUACAUCUGAUAUGUGGCAUCCUAAUGUUUAUUCCGAUGGAAAGGUUUGUAUUUCAAUUCUCCAUGCUCCAGGCGAUGAUCCAAAUGGCUAUGAGCUUGCAAGUGAGCGUUGGAGUCCAGUUCAUACGGUUGAGAGUAUAGUUUUGAGUAUUAUAUCAAUGCUUUCAAGCCCCAACGAUGAAUCCCCUGCAAAUGUCGAAGCUGCGAAAGAAUGGAGAGAAAGAAGAGGCGAAUUCAGAAAGAAAGUCAGUCGCUGUGUCAGAAAAUCACAAGAAAUGUGUUGAUUUUCUUUUAUAAUCAUCUAGAUGCUUCUUCAAGCUUCUCUAUAGAUAUAUCUUUUUAGACGAUUUCCAUCAGAUCUUCAAACAUUCAUCCUUUAGAUUUUUUUUUUACAAUUAUUCUUAAUUAACCACUCCUGUUUAUGCGCAUUCUAAGUAAUGACUAAGAGAACACUUAAAUGGGUGUUCUAUUUUAUCUUUUAAAA